UUAUUGAGCGACAGAAUAUGUAGGAACAAACACCAUUUUUAGCUUUUGUGUUUCCAAUUUGUUCAACAAGUUGUUCAUCUGGCAUCACCUCCAACGAAAGUAAUCUGAAUCCAAAUAAUCGGCAACAGAGAUUCCGUUCGAGCGAUUAGGCGGCGAAAUCGAUGACGGUAGGUGAUGAACAAGUGGAAAGAGCAAACCCUAGCUCCAAAGACCACAAUAAUCUACAUUCUUCGAACGAGAAACUUGCUUCCAGAAAAGGUAAAUCAUGCAAAGGAUGCUUGUACUAUUCAUCAACACUCAAAUCCAAUUCUCGCAAUCCUGUUUGCGUCGGCAUCACUCGUUCGCUUCCCAAAGUACCUCGCUAUUAUGUUGGAGAAUCCGAGAUGGAAGCUUCAAAAGAGGGUAGGAGCCUUGCUGAUUUCCGAUACGGUUGUGCUGGUUAUUCCGUUUAUCCAGAUAUGAAAAAUCACAGUGGCGAUGUAGAAGAAACACAAAAGGAGUUGCCAGUCUGUGUUGGCAUCGAGGUUCUGGUGGACAGAAGAGUUUCUAACGCUAACCCUGCUCCUACUCAUGCUCAUAACAAAGAUAACCAUGCAACACCGCAGCCACGAGUAAACAGGCCGGCUCAGUCUGCAUCAGAUGAUUUCUUUAGCAGAUUUACGAGAAAUGCAAAUAUAGUGGCAUCGGGUGUUGCAAAGAAUGUACGCAAAGUCGGGAAUCAAAUAAAGGAAAGCGUUGAUGAUAUUAUGUAUCCUUAUCGAAGACGACCAAAGUAAGAAACAAAGAUUUAGUAAGUAAGAAGAUAUAAUCAAGUUUACUGUGAGAUCAAGGAUGAUAAAACGAGAACAGGAACAUCAAGCAUCAAGUUUAAGGAUGCAAAAAUUUUAAUAUAUUUUUUUAAACUUUUAAUAAAGGGAUAUGUUUCUGUUCUCUAAUGAAUGAAAUUUAUAACAUAAUAUAUGAUCUAUUUUUGAGGAAAUCAAACCCAUUUAUCCAUUUAAAUAAGAAUUCGGGUGGGAUGUUCAUAUUGGAUUA